CAUGUCCGAUUUAGUAUCCUAUAUAAUUUGGGAAAAGCAAGAAGGACAAUUAUGUGCUCAGCACUGUUUAAAUUCUCUUCUUCAAGGAGAAUAUUUUACUGCUGUUGAUUUAAGUGAAAUUGCUAGAAAUUUAGAUCAGGCGGAACAAGCUGCUUUACGUGAAGGGACCACUGAACAACACGAGGACAACCGAAAUGCUAAUGCAAGCACAAGCCAAAAUAUGGAUGAUUCCGGUUUCUUUUCUGUCCAAGUAUUAAGCCAUGCAUUGAAAGUGUGGAAUAUUGAUAUAAUACCAAUUGGGUCUGAAGAUGGCCGUAUAGCAAAGAUUCAUCCAGAGGAUGAAUUAGCAUACAUAUGUAAUUUGCAUGAACAUUGGUUUACUCUUAGGAAAUUUGGUGGAUUAUCAUCACGUUGGUACAAUCUAGACUCCCUUUUACGUGGACCAGAAAGCAUCAGUCAGACAUAUUUGGGAAUGUUGCUUAAUCAAUUGGAAAAUGAGGGUUAUAGCAUAUUUGUGGUAAAAGGACAGUUACCUUCAAGUCAAGCUGAUGAAUAUAGCAAAUCUCUUCCAGAUCCUAAUUUACAUCAUAUUCAAAAGAAUCGACAAAAUAUAGAUGAAAUUGAUCAAGCAAUGAUUGACGCUGCUAUUGCAGCAAGUUUGGAAAAUGAUGUUAGUAAUGAUUUAAUGAAACCUUUUGAACAAAAUUCUGGUGGUGAACCAAUAUCGUCUACAACUACCGAACAACCAACCAUUGAUGAAUUGCGAGCGAAAAGACUUGCUAAAUUUGAUCGUGUUGGUGGGAAUUGAUAAUUUUUUUAUCUAUAAAAAUAUACUUUUUGCUAAGCAAAGAAUUUAAAUUUAAUUAAUUUCCCAAUUAAGAAAAAUGAUUUGAUUUUAGCCGGAACUAUAUUACGAUCGGCUAAAUUGAUUUUAAGUAUGAUUAACCUUUUUGGAUCUGACUAAAAUCCAUGUCAUAAGAUAAUAAUUAAAAAAAUGUAACAAUGAUGCUGUAUAAAAAAAGAUUGUUAUUUACCUUUAAUUAGUUCAGAUUGUCAUAAUCUUUCUGCACGAUAAUUGCAGUUUAAACUUAAAGUGUGAAACAUAUAUGCCAUGGAGAUCAAUGAUCACAUUUGCAUCGGCAUUAGGUGUAACAUCCAACUUACAUAAAACUCCGAAUCCCUUCAGAAAUCCUUAAUUUCUC